GAACCGUCCAUGGAUGGAAUCACUACGCUCAGUAAAUAUUCCUCUGUGAUCAUCCUCUUUUUAAGCUCCCUCCACCUCCCUCUAUACGACUAGCCCAUCUGAAAAUAGAAACAACCUCACACAUAGAGAGAGGAUCAAUAAAAGAAGAACAACAUCAACAAAAAAAAUAUGAGUGAGUGUAAACGAUGCACUCUCACAAUUGUGCCUAUGGAAGAAGCAUCUUCAAGUGAACCCACCAUUUCCAAGAAACGGAAGACCGCGGCUACUGCUAAUUCUGCUUCCUUCCAGUUACGCUCUUCCGACACGCACCACUGGUUUCCCGACACUAUCGUGUCGCCGGAAGCUUCCGUCAAUUCCGCCGGCACCGUGGUUUCGGGUGAACCUUGCUCUGAUCGAUCGUGCUGUAGCUCCAGCCACGUUAAGGAGCUCCACACCGCGCCGUUAGAUCUGCAGGUUUUGGGGUUUCAAAAGGUACAUUCAACCAAUCACAAUUUCAAAUCGUCCAGCUUGUUGAGUGAGUUUUCUGGAGACUCGGAAGAAUCGACGAUGUUUCCGGCGAAGUCUUCGGCGGAGGUGACCGAGAAACGAAAAGUCAAGGAGCCGCCUAAGGCGGAGAUCGAAGAGUUUUUCGCAAUGGCUGAAAAGUACGAGCAGAAGCGAUUCGUGGAGAAGUACAACUUUGAUAUUGUUAGAGAUACGCCGUUGGAGGGUCGCUACCAGUGGGUUCGUUUACAUUGAAUGCUUUGAAUAUGUGAGAAUGAGAGAGAGAGAGAGAGAGAGAGAGAGAGAGAGAGAGAGAGAGAGAGAGAGAGAGAGAGAGAGAGAGAGAGAGAGAGAGAGAGAGAGAGAGAGAGAGAGAGAGA